AUGGCGUACCUACCGAGGUUUGCCUUCACUGCGUUUGCUUGCAUAUUUGCGAUUUGCGCACCGGGACUAAUCUCCGGGCAAAUUCGUUAUUAUAUUCCCGAGGAGAUGAAGCAAGGAGCAUUUGUUGGGAAUGUCGCUGUGGAUUUGGGCCUGAACGUACGGCAAUUGUCAGCUCGCAAAUUCCGACUGAGCUCCGAUGACGGAGGGCGAUACAUGAAGGUCAGUUUGGACAAUGGAAUCAUGUCUAUUCGUGAAAGAAUCGACCGGGAACGUAUUUGUGGACAGAAUGAUCAAUGUAUUAUACCUUUCGAAACAAUACUGGAAAAUCCGUUUGAUGUGACUGACGGCGAAUUGGAGAUUCUUGAUGUAAAUGACAAUUCCCCCACUUUUCCGCAAAGCAGCAUUGCCUUGCAGAUAUCGGAAGCCAGUGUAUCCGGGAUACGUUUCCGGCUCCAGGGCGCGGAUGAUCCCGACAUUGGUACAAAUACUGUGGCCGCCUAUACAAUCAGUUCCAAUGAGCACUUUAGUCUAAAAACACAGAAAUCCGAAGACGGUAUUAUAAUUGCCGAAUUGCAGUUAGAGAAAUUUUUGGACCGAGAGAUGCAAUCAUCAUUUCAACUCAUGCUUACUGCGUUUGACGGUGGGACCCCUCAGAGAUCAGCUACGACACAGGUUCUGGUUACGGUAUUCGACCAGAACGAUAAUCCACCUGUGUUCGACCAUGAUAUUUACAGAAGCAGCGUAAGCGAGAAUACGUCGCGGGGUACGUUGGUGCUGAAAGUCCAAGCAAAUGAUUUGGACGAAGGACUGAAUGCGGAGCUGACGUAUAGUUUCAAUGAUGUUGGUUUGCGAGGAGUGCAACAUGUUUUCAGGUUGGAUCCACGCACUGGGGAGAUUCGAGUUCAAGGGCCUCUAGAUUUUGAAGAAGUUAACAGCUAUUCUCUCGAUAUUCAAGCCCAGGACCACGGUUCACCUGCAAUGACAGGACACUCCAAAAUAGUGAUCAAAGUAAUUGACGUGAACGAUAAUGCACCUGAGAUAAGGGUAACAUCAGCUUCCAACAUAAUCCUGGAAAAUACUCCACCAGGAAGUUUCAUAUCCCAGAUUUAUGUGAUCGAUCGCGAUUCCGUAGCGUACGGCCAAGUGCGUUGCGAAAUACAAAAGAACGUCCCAUUUCGACUGCAAAAGACAUCGAACCACUAUAAAUUAGUCACCAGUGAAACGUUGGACCGUGAAGCGACCUCUGAGUAUAACAUUCUUAUUUCAGCCUGGGACUUGGGGUCGCCUUCACUAUCAAUAAAUAAAACCAUCGAGAUUGCUAUUUCGGACGUAAAUGACAAUGCACCGCAAUUCGCCGAGUCAUCCUACAACGUAUAUGUAAUGGAGAAUAACGCUCCGGGUGUAUCCAUUUUCACAGUAACUGCAACAGAUCACGAUCUGGAUCAAAAUUCCUAUCUUUCCUACUCCUUUCUCGAUAAUCAUAUCCAAAACAUGCUAGUAUCCACUUACAUCUCCAUUAAUUCAAUGAACGGUACCAUUUACGCGCUGCGUUUCUUUGACUAUGAGGAACUCAAGAACUUCCAGAUCCAUGUACAGGCCCGUGACGCCGGGGUGCCUCCGUUGAGCAGUAGCGUCACGGUGAAUGUGAUCAUCCUGGAUCAAAAUGACAACGCGCCGGUAAUCUUUUUAUCUUCAGAACAGAGUGAAUCGGCGGCAGUGGAUACCGUACCCCGGUCUGCGGGUGAAGGGUACUUGGUCAGCAAGAUAAUGGCAACUGAUGCAGAUUCUGGUCAGAACGCACGGCUCUUUUAUCAGAUAGUGAAAUCUACCGACCCCGGUUUGUACAACGUUGAGCAACAUUCCGGAGAAGUCAGAACAGCGCGCGAUAUUUUGCAGUCAGACACUGCUGUACAAACUCUAGUCAUCUUGGUGAAGGACAAUGGGCAGCCAAGCCUGUCAAGCACAAUUACAAUGAACAUUAGAGUUUUGGGAAACAGCAGUGAAGGAAUCAGCGAAAGCAGUACCUUGGUGAAGAAUCCAGAAUAUUUCUCUGAUCCAAACGUUUAUUUAAUGGUCAUUUUCAGUUGCACUUCCGUGGUCUUUCUUCUUAUCAUCGUUCUGUUGAUUGGCAUCAAGUGUAAACAGGACAGAAAUAUUAUCCAAGAUUAUAACACCCCUAGUUAUUGUUACAAUCAUGGGGUUUCGCACGGCACGUUUAAUGGAAGACCAGCUAUGGAGGAAACAUUGUGUUAUCCCGGGACGGGCCGGGUAGCCCGGGGGGCAGAACUGAAUCAAUACUCAGUCUGUCUGUCUCCAGAGUCAGCGAAAAGCGAUUUUCUCUUCCUGAAGCCCCGCGACGCUCCCACCUCUCAAGCCCAAAGCCUGUUCAAUGACCUGAACAUGUCCACUGAAAAGGUCAUUUUACACGGAGAGGCCCUGUGUUGGACUUUGACAGAGCGCGGAAUAAUGGCGUACAUACCGAGGUUUGCCCUCACAGCAUUUGCUUGCAUGUUUGUGAUAUGUGCACCGGGUACAAUCUCCGGGAAAAUUCGUUAUUCUAUUCCCGAGGAAAUGGUGCAAGGGGCAUAUGUUGGUAAUAUCGCUGUGGAUUUGGGCCUGAAUGUACGGCAACUGUCAGCUCGCAAAUUCCGACUGAGCUCUGAUGACGGAGGGCGGUACAUGAAGGUUAGUUUGGACAAUGGAAUCAUGUCUAUUCGUGACAAAAUCGACCGGGAACGUAUUUGUGGACAGAUUGAUAAAUGCACUGUAUAUUUCGAAACAAUACUGGAAAACCCCUUGGAGGUGUAUCACGGGGAAUUGGAGAUUCUUGAUGUAAAUGACAAUCCCCCCACUUUCCCGCAGAGCAGCAUUGUCUUGCAGAUAUCGGAAGCCAGUGCACCCGGUGUACGUUUCCGACUCGAGGGUGCGGAUGAUCCCGACAUUGGUACAAAUACCGUGGCCGCUUAUACAAUCAGUUCCAGUGAGCACUUUAGUCUAAAAACACAGAGAGCUGAAGACGGUAUUAUGAUUGCCGAGUUGCUGUUAGGGAAAUCUUUGGACCGAGAGCAGCAAUCAUCAUUUCAACUCUUGCUUACUGCGACUGAUGGUGGAACCCCUCAGAGAUCAGCCACAGCUCAGAUUCUCAUUACUGUAUUCGAUAACAAUGAUAAUCCACCUGUGUUCGACCAUGAUAUUUACAGAGGCAGCGUAAGUGAGAACGCGCCGCGGGGUACGUUGGUGCUGAAAGUCAAAGCAAAUGAUUUGGACGAAGGACUGAAUUCGCAACUGACAUAUUGUUUUAGUGAUAUUUCUUUGAUAAGAGCGCAAAAAUUAUUCAGUUUAGACCCAGUUACAGGGGAGCUUCGAGUCAAAGGGCUUCUCGAUUUUGAACAAGUAAACAGCUAUUCUCUGGAUAUUCGAGCCCAGGACCACGGUUCCCCUGCAAUGACAGGACACUCCAAAGUACUGAUCAAAGUCACUGAUGCGAACGACAACGCACCUGAGAUAAAGGUACCAUCACCUUGCAACAAAAUCCCGGAAAAUGCGCCACCAGGUAGUUUCAUAUGUCUGAUUAAAGUGAUGGAUCGUGAUUCUGGAGCGAACGGUCAAGUACGUUGCGAGUUAAGACAAAAGAACGUCCCAUUUCGACUGCAAAAGGUAUCGAACAACUAUAAAUUAACCACGAGUGAAACGUUGGACCGUGAAGCCAUCUCUGAGUAUAACAUUCUUAUUUCAGCCUGGGACUUGGGGUCGCCGUCACUCUCAUCAAAUACAACCAUCCAGAUUGCAAUUUCGGACGUUAACGAUAACGAACCACAAUUCGCAGAGUCAUCCUACAACAUAUAUAUAAUGGAGAACAACGCUCCGGGUGCGUCCGUUUCCACAGUAACUGCAACAGAUCCUGAUCUGGAUCAAAAUUCCUAUAUUUCCUACUCCUUUCUCGAUAACCAUAUCCAAAACAUGCCAGUAUCCACAUACCUCACUAUCAAUUCAAUUAACGGUACUAUUUACGCGCUGCGUUCCUAUGAUUAUGAGGAACUAAAAAACUUCCAGAUCAAUGUUCAAGCCCGUGACGCCGGGGUGCCUCCGUUGAGCAGCAGCGCCAUGGUGAAUGUGAUCAUCCUGGAUCAAAAUGACAACGCGCCGGUAAUAGUUUCACCUUCAGCAGCAGUGGAUACCGUACCCCGGUCAGCGGGUGAAGGGUACUUGGUCAGCAAGAUAAUGGCAACUGAUGCCGAUUCUGGUCAGAACGCACGGCUCUUUUAUCAGAUAGUGAAAUCUACCGACCCCGGUUUGUACAACGUUGGACAACAUUCCGGAGAAGUCAGAACAGCGCGCAAUAUUUUCCAGUCAGAUAUUGCUUUACAAACUCUAGUCAUCUUGGUUAAGGACAAUGGACAGCCAAGCCUGUCAAGCACAAUUACAAUGAGCAUUAGGGUUUUGGGAAACAGCAGUGAAGGACUCAGCGAAAGCAGUACCUUGGUGAAGACUCCAGAAUAUUUCUCAGAUCCAAACGUUUAUUUAAUCGUCAUUUUCAGCUGCACAUCCGUGGUCUUUCUUCUGGUCAUCAUUCUGUUGAUUGGCAUCAAGUGUAAACAGGACAGAAAUAUUAUCCAAGAGUAUAACUCCCCUAGUUAUUGUUACAAUCAUGGGGUUUCGCACGGCACGUUUAAUGGAAGAUCAGCUAUGGAGGAAACAUUGUGUUAUCCUGGGACGGGCCGGGUAGUCCGGGGGGCAGAACUGAAUCAAUACUCAGUCUGUCUGUCUCCAGAGUCAGCGAAAAGCGAUUUUCUCUUCCUGAAGCCACGCGACGCUCCCACCUCUCAAGCCCAAAGUCCUAUCUCCGGGCAAAUUCGUUAUUCUAUUUCCGAGGAAAUGGAGCAAGGGGCAUUUGUUGGGAAUAUCGCUGUGGAUUUGGGCCUGAACAUACGGCAAUUGUCAGCUCGCAAAUUCCGACUGAGCUCUGAAGACGGAGGGCGGUAUAUGAAGGUCAGUUUGGACAAUGGAAUCAUGUCUAUUCGUGAAAAAAUCGACCGGGAUCGUAUUUGUGGACAGAAUGAUAAAUGUACUGUACAUUUCGAAACAAUAUUGGAAAACCCCUUGGAGGUGUACCACGGGGUAUUGGAGAUUCUUGAUGUAAAUGACAAUUCCCCCACUUUCCCACAGAGCAGCAUUGCCUUGCAGAUAUCGGAAGCUAGUGCACCCGGUGUACGUUUUCGACUCGAGGGCGCGGAUGAUCCCGACAUUGGUACAAACUCCGUGGCCGCUUAUACUAUCAGUUCCAGUGAGCACUUUAGUCUAAAAACACAGAGAGCCGAAGACGGUAUUAUGAUUGCCGACUUGCUGUUAGGGAAAUAUUUGGACCGAGAGCAGCAAUCAUCAUUUCAACUCUUGCUUACGCCGACUGAUGGUGGCACCCCUCAGAGAUCAGCCACAGCUCAGAUUAUCAUUACUGUAUUGGAAAUUAACGAUAAUCCACCUGUGUUCGAUCACGAUAUUUACAGAGGCAGCGUAAGUGAGAACGCGCCGCGGGGUACGUUGGUGCUGAAAGUUAAAGCAAUUGAUUUGGACGAAGGACUGAAUUCGGAGCUGACAUAUUGUUUUAGUGAUAUUGCUUUGAUAAGAGCGCGAAAAUUAUUCAGUUUAGACCCAGUUACUGGAGAGCUUCGAGUCAAAGGGCUUCUCGAUUUUGAACAAGUAAACAGCUAUUCUCUGGAUAUUCGAGCCCAUGACCACGGUUCCCCUGCAAUGACAGGACACUCCAAAGUACCGAUCAAAGUCACUGAUGUGAACGACAACGCACCUGAGAUAAAGAUCCAUGUUCAAGCCCGUGACGUCGGGGUGCCUCCGUUGAGCAGCAGCGCCAUGGUGAAUGUGAUCAUCCUGGAUCAAAAUGACAACGCGCCGUUUUGGACAUUGACUGAGCCCGGAACAAUGGCGUUCCUACCGAGGUUUGCAUUCAAUGUGUUUAUGUGCAUGUUUACGAUAUGUGCACCGGGUCUAAUUACCGGGCAACUUAUUUAUUCUGUUCCCGAGGAAAUGAAGCAAGGGGCAUUUGUUGGGAAUAUCGCUCAAGAUCUGGACCUGAACGUACAUCAAUUGUCAGCUCGCAAAUUCCGACUGGGCUCUGAUGACGGAGGGCGGUACAUGAAGGUCAGUUUGGACAAUGGAAUACUGUCUAUUCGUGAAAGAAUCGACAGAGAACGUAUUUGCGGAGAAGCGGAUGUGUGUAUUAUUCCUUUCGAAAUAAUAUUGGAAACGCCCUUGGAGGUGUAUCGCGGAAAAAUAGAGAUUCGUGAUGUAAAUGACAAUGCGCCCACUUUCCCGCAGAGCAGCAUUGCCCUACAGAUAUCGGAAGCGAAUGCACCCGGUGUACGUUUCCGUCUCGAGAGCGCGGAUGAUCCCGACAUUGGAACAAAUACCGUGACCGCCUAUAGAGUCAGUUCCAGUGAGUACUUCAGUCUGAGGACACAGAAAACCGAGGACGCUAUUAUAAUUGCCGAAUUGCUGUUGGAGAAAUCUUUGGACCGAGAGCUGCAAUCAUCAUUUCAGCUCUUUCUGACUGCGACUGAUGGUGGGAACCCUCGGAGAACAGGCACAGCUCAAAUUCUCAUUACUGUCUUGGACAACAAUGACAAUCCACCUGUUUUCGAUCGUGAUAUUUACAGGGGCAGCAUAAGUGAAAACGCACCGCAUGGUACCUUGGUGUUGAAACUCAAAGGAAAUGAUUUGGACGAAGGAGAGAAUGCAAAGAUAAUAUAUUCAUUUAGUGAUGUUGCCUUACGAAAAGUUGGUAAUUUGUUCAGUUUAGACCCAGAGACUGGGGAGAUUCGAGUUGGCGGGCAGCUGGAUUUUGAAGAAGCAAACAGCUAUUCUCUCGAUGUUGAAGUAGUGGACCACGGCUCGCCUGCAAUGACAGGACACUCCAAAGUGCUUAUCAAAGUAAUUGACGUGAACGACAAUGCACCCGAAAUAAAGGUGACAUCAGCUUCCAACAUAAUCCCUGAAAAUGCUCCGCCAGGAACUUUAGUGACGUUGAUCAGUGUGUUGGAUCGUGAUUCUGGAGAGAACGGCCAUGUUCGCUGCACGGUACCAAGGAACAUACCCUUUAAACUACAAGCAGCAUCGGAUCAUUAUAAAUUAAUUACCAGUGAAAUGUUUGAUCGUGAAGCGAUAUCUGAGUACAAAAUACUUAUUUCCGCCUGGGACUUGGGUUCGCCUUUACUGUCCGCAAAUAUAACCAUGCGUAUUACAAUUUCAGACAUUAAUGAUAACGCCCCUCAGUUUGCUGAAUCAUCCUACAACAUAUACGUUAUGGAGAAUAACGCUCCGGGUGCGUCCAUUUUCACAAUAACAGCAACGGAUCCCGAUCUGGACCAGAAUUCGCGUGUUUCUUACACUUUUCAGGAGAAUCAAGUCAUAAACGCGCCAGCGUCCACCUACCUAACCAUUAACUCAAUGAACGGUAACAUUUAUGCGCUGCGGUCGUUUGACUAUGAGAAUCUCAAAAACGUCCAGAUCCACGUUCAAGCCCGUGACGCGGGGGCGCCUCCACUGAGCAGCAGCGCCAGGGUGAAUGUGAUCAUCUUGGAUCAAAAUGACAACGCGCCGGUAAUUGUUUCGCCGUCAGAACAUAGUGGAUCAGCAGCAGUGGAGACUGUGCCAAGGUCAGCGGGUCAAGGGUACUUGGUCACCAAGAUAUUGGCAACUGAUGCAGAUUCUGGUCAGAACGCUCGGCUCGUUUAUCAAAUGGUGAAGUCUACCCAUCCCAGUUUGUACAAAGUUGGGCAAAUAUCCGGUGAAAUUAGAACAGCGCGCAACAUCAUGCAGUCAGACACUGCUGUAAGUCAGACAAGUCUGGUCAUCUUGGUGAAGGACAAUGGGCAGCCAAGCCUGUCCAGCACGGUCAUAGUGAACAUUAAAGUUUUGGAGAACAGCACUGAAGGAAUCGUGGAAAGAAGCAACUUAUUGAUGGAUCCAGAAUAUUUAUCUGAUCCAAACGUUUAUUUAAUCGUGAUUUUCAGUUGUACUUCCGUUGUCUUUCUACUGAUCAUUGUUCUGUUGAUUGGCAUCAAGUGUAAACAAGACAGAAAUAACAUUCAAGCCUAUAACUCCCGCAGUUAUUGCUACAAUCCUGGCAAUUCUCGCGGCACGUUCAAUGGAAGACUUGCCAUGGAGGAAACUUUACGCAAUCCUGGGACAGGACGUGUAGUCCGCGUGUCAGAUCUUACGCAAUACUCGGCCUGUCUUUCUCCAGAAUCAGCGAAAAGCGAUUUUCUCUUCUUGAAACCAUGCGGCACUUCCACCUCCGGAACAAUGGCGUACCUACCGAGGUUUGCCUUCACAGUGUUUGUUUGCAUGUUUGCGAUAUAUGCACCGGAUCUAAUCUCCGGGCAAAUUCGUUAUUCUAUUCCCGAGGAAAUCGAGCAAGGGGCAUUUGUUGGCAAUAUCGCUCAAAAUCUGGGCCUGAACAUACGGCAAUUGUCAGCUCGCAAAUUUCGACUGAGCUCUGAUAAUGGCGGACGGUACAUCAAGGUUAGUGCUGACAAUGGAGUGUUGUCUAUCCGUGAAAAAAUCGACAGGGAACGUAUUUGUGGAGAAGCGGAUGUGUGUAUUAUACCCUUCGAAAUUAUUCUGGAAAAUCCCUUGGAGGUGUAUCGCGGAAAAAUAGAGAUUCUUGAUGUAAAUGACAAUCCCCCUACUUUCCCGCACGGCAGCAUUGCCUUACAGAUAUCGGAAGCGAGUGCACCCGGUGUACGUUUCCGCCUCGAAAGCGCAGAAGAUCCUGACAUUGGAAUAAAUACCGUGGCCGCCUACACAAUCAGCUCUAGUGAGCACUUCAGUCUAAAAACACAGAAAACCGAGGACGGGUUUGUAAUUGCCGCGUUGUUGUUGGAGAAAUCAUUGGAUCGAGAGCUGCAAUCAUCAUUUCAACUCUUGCUAACUGCGACUGACGGUGGAACCCCUCAGAGAUCAGGCACAACUCAGAUUCGCAUUAAUGUAUUGGACAUCAAUGAUAAUCCACCAGUGUUCGACCAGGAUAUUUACAGGGGGAGUAUAAGCGAGAACUCCGCCAAUGGUAUCUCGGUAUUGAAAGUCAAAGCCCACGAUAUGGACGAAGGACUGAAUGGGAGGAUAUCAUAUUCUUUUAGUGAUGUCGCCGUGCUAAAGGUUCGUAAUUUGUUCAGUUUAGACCCAGAUACUGGAGAAAUUCGAGUUGGUGGGCACUUGGAUUUUGAAGAAACAAAGGUCUAUUAUCUAGAUGUUCAAGCUAUAGAUCACGGCCCAGUUGCAAUGACAGGACACUGCAACGUGUUGAUCAAAAUAAUGGACGUAAACGACAAUGCUCCCGAGAUACAGGUGACAACAGCUUCCAAUAAAAUCUCGGAAAAUGCUCCGCCAGGGACUUUGAUAACGUUGAUCAAUGUUAUGGAUCGUGAUUCUGGAGAGAACGGCCAAGUCCGCUGUUCGUUACCAAAGAACAUACCACUUAAACUACAAACAGCAUCGGAUCAUUACAAAUUAAUUACCAGUGAAAUGUUGGACCGUGAAGCGAUAUCUCAGUAUAAUGUAGCUAUUUCGGCAUGGGACUUGGGGUCGCCUUCACUCUCCGCAAAUCUAACCAUCCAGAUUACCAUUUCAGACGUAAACGACAACGCCCCUUGGUUUGCUGAAUCAUCCUACAAUGUAUAUGUGAUGGAGAAUAACGCCCCAGGUACACCCCUGUUCACAAUAUCUGCCAUGGAUGCUGAUAUAGAACAAAAUUGCUAUGUAUCUUACUCCUUUGUGGAUAAUCACAUAGAAAACUUGCCAGUUUCCACUUACCUCAGCAUCAACGCAAUUAACGGGACCAUUUAUGGGUUACACUCCUUUGACUAUGAGAAACUCAAAAACUUCCAAAUACAAGUUCAAGCCCGUGACGCAGGGGUGCCUCCAUUGAGCAGCAGUGCUAUGCUGAAUGUGAUCAUCCUGGAUCAAAAUGACAAUGCUCCGAUAUUUGUUUCACCGCCAGGACAGAGUGAAUCGGCAGCAAUGGAGAUCGUGCCCCGGUCAGCGGGUCAAGGGUACCUGGUCACCAAGAUAAUGGCAACUGAUGCAGAUUCUGGUCAGAAUGGUCGGUUCAUUUAUCAGAUAGUGAAAUCUACUGAUCCCAGUUUGUACAAAGUUGGCCAAAAUUCCGGUGAAAUUAGAACAGCGCGCAACAUCCUACAGUCAGAUAUUUCUGUACAAACACUGGUCAUCUUGGCGAAGGACAACGGGCAGCCAAGCCUCUCCAGUACGGUUACAAUUAACAUUAAAAUAUUGGAGAACAGCACUGAAGGAAUCGCGGAUACAAGCAUCUUAUUGAUGGAUCCUGAAUAUUUCUCUGAUCCAAACGUUUAUUUAAUCGUCAUUUUCAGUUGCACUUCCGUUGUCUUUCUUCUGAUCAUUAUUCUGUUGAUUGGCAUCAAGUGUAAACAAGACGGAAAUAAUAUUCAAGAGUAUAACUCCCGCAGUUAUUGUUACAAUCGUGGAGAUUCUCACGAUACGUUUAAAGGAAGGCCUGCCAUGGAGGAAACUCUACGCUAUCCUGGGACUGGUCGGGUAGUCCGAGUUGCAGAUAUGAAUCAUUACUCGGUCUGUCUGUCUCCAGAGUCAGCGAAAAGUGAUUUUCUCUUCUUGAAGCCAUGCGGCGCUUCCACCUCUCAAGCUCAAAAUCCUCUUAUCUUCGACUCGGACAUUGCCCACCGUUGGGAUAUCUUUAGACGCGACUUUCAGCACUACGUGACGAUCGCCCAUCCCGCAGCCACCGCCGAGAUGCGGGCGUCUCUCCUCCUCAACAUAGCCGGCCCCGCUGCCCUGGAACGAUCCGAGUCGUUCGUCUAUGCUGCAGAGCGGUUCAAGAUGUUCAAUCGGCGUCAGAUCAUUGACGAGUCCGUUGAUAACUACAUCGCCGCGUUGCGACACAUGGCAAGACGUUGUCGCCUGGACGCUCUCACACCAGAUCAAGUGACCAGGGACAUUCUUGUAUAUGGCCUUUUAGACUAUAAGCUUAGGGCUGAACUUCUGCGGAAGCCCGACCUGUCCUUAGACGAGGCUCUACACGCCGCCCGCAUGGCUGAGGCGGUUGCCUCGGCUUCGUCGCCCGCCGGUCAUGACAUUAACUUUGCCAGUGCUGCUGCCCGCCGGCGGUACACUGGCCCGCCACGGCAACAGGUCUCCCCUGCACCCGGCGUCGGCAGCCCACGGCGUUGCCCCAACUGCAACUUUUCCUCCCAUCAGUUUAAUGUGUGCCCAGCUUUGGGAAAGACAUGUAACUUUUGCCAGAAAUUGAACCAUUUCUUUGCAGCUUGCCGCCCCAAGGGCAAGCCAAGGAGUGGGGAAAUUCGCUUCACCGAGAAGCUGCGGUAUCAGACGACCAUGAAUCCGGUGAUAUCUUUGGACUCGACCCUCUCGGGGAUGCCGACGAAACGAGAGCAGUGCAGCUUUAAGAAUUGUAGCUGCAAUUGUCGAAAAGAACUGGUCGUGUCGCUGUCCACCAAUGAGAAGUUCAAGUGCACAGAUGGAUCCAUUGCCCCUCCCACAUCCCAGAAUAAAAACGUCAGACGCGACGAGAAAGGCGAGCAGUGUCUGCGAGAGGCCUGGUUUUGGACAUUGACUGAGCGCGGAACAAUGGCGUACCGACCGAGGUUUGCCUUCACUGUAUUUGUGUGCAUGUUUACGAAAUGUGCACCUGGUCUAAUUUCGGGGCAAAUGCAUUAUUCUGUUCCCGAGGAAAUGGAGCAGGGGGCAUUUGUUGGGAAUAUCGCCGAGGAUUUGGGGCUUAAUGUAUGGCAAUUGUCUGCUCGCAAAUUACGACUGAAUUCUGAUAAUGGCGGACGGUACCUGAAGGUUAAUUUGGAGAAUGGAAUAUUGUCUCUUCGUGAAAGAAUCGACAGGGAACGUAUUUGCGGACAGGACGAUAAGUGUACUAUAUCUUUCGAAACAAUACUGGAGAAUCCUUCCGAGGUGCAUCGCGGAAAAAUCGAGAUUUUUGAUGUAAAUGACAAUGCGCCCACUUUCCCGCACAGCAGCAUUGUGCUACAGAUAUCGGAAGCGAGCGCACCCGGUGUACGUUUCCGUCUCGAGAGCGCAGAUGAUGCUGACAUUGGAAUAAAUACCGUGGCCGCCUACACAAUCAGUUCCAGUGCGUACUUUAGUCUAAAAACACAGAAAACCGAUGACGGGUUUAUAAUCGCUGAAUUGCUGUUGGAUAAAUUUUUGGACCGAGAGAUGCAAUCAUCAUUUCAACUCUUGUUUACUGCGACUGACGGUGGGACCCCUCAGAGAUCAGGCACAACUCAGAUUCUCAUUACUGUAUUGGACUUCAAUGAUAAUCAGCCUGUGUUCGAUCGUGAUAUUUACAGGGGAAGCGUAAGCGAGAACUCCACCAAAGGUACCUCAGUGAUGAAAGUCAAAGCAAAUGAUAUGGACGAAGGACAGAAUGCUAAGAUAACAUAUUUGUUUAGUGAUGUUGCCGUGCGAAAAGUUCGUAAUUUGUUCCGUUUAGACCCAGUUACCGGGGAGAUUCGCAUUGAAGGGCCCUUGGAUUUUGAACAAGCAAACGGUUAUGCUCUAGAUAUUAAAGCUGUGGACCACGGCUCGCCUGCAAUGACUGGACACUCCAAAGUGCUGAUCAAAGUAAUUGAUGUGAACGAUAAUGCACCCGAGAUAAAGGUGACAUCAGCUUCCAACAAAAUCCCGGAAAAUGCUCCGCCAGGAACUUUCGUAACGUUGAUCAGUGUUAUGGAUCGAGAUUCUGGAGAGAACGGCCAAGUACGCUGCCAGAUCCCAAAUAAAAUUUCAUUUAAACUACAAUCAGCGACGGAUCAUUACAAAUUAAUUACCAGUGAAAUGUUUGAUCGUGAAGUGAUAUCUGUGUAUAAAAUACUUAUCUCAGCUUGGGACAAGGGGUCGCCAUCACUAUCCGCAAAUAUAACCAUUGAGAUUAUAAUUUCAGACGUUAAUGAUAACACUCCACGGUUUGCUGAAACUUCCUACAACAUUUAUGUCAUGGAAAAUAAUGCUCCGGGUGCGUCCAUUUUCACAGUAACUGCAACGGAUCCUGAUCUGGAGCAGAAUUCUUAUAUUUCCUACGCUUUUCUGGAGAAUCAAGUCAAAAAUUUGCCAGUGUCCACUUACCUGACCAUUAACUCGAUGAACGGUACAAUUUACGCGCUGCGCUCGUUUGACUAUGAGCAUGUCAAAAACUUCCAGAUACAAGUUCAAGCCCGUGACGCUGGGGUGCCUCCGCUGAGUAGCAGCGCCACGGUGAAUGUGAUUGUCCUGGAUCAAAAUGACAACGCUCCGGUAAUUGUGUCACCUUCGCAACAAGGUGGGUCAUCAACAGAGGAGAUCGUGUCCCGUUUAGCCGGUCAAGGGUACUUGGUCGCCAAGAUAAUGGCCACUGAUGCAGAUUCUGGUCAGAAUGCGCGGCUCUUUUAUCAGAUGGUGAAAUCUACCGAUCCCAGUUUGUUCAACGUUGGGCAAAAUUCCGGUGAAAUCAGAACAGCGCGCAAUAUUUUGCGGACAGAUGCUCCUACACAAAAUCUGGUCAUCUUGGUUAAGGACAAUGGGCAGCCAAGCCUCUCCAGCGCCGUUACAAUGAAAAUUAGAGUUUUGGAGAACAGCACUGAAGCAAUGUCCGAAAGCAGUACCUUGGUGAAAAAUCCGGGGUUUUUUGCUGAUCCAAAUGUUUAUUUAAUCGUAAUUUUCAGUUGCACGUCCGCUGUCUUUCUUCUGAUCAUCGUUCUGUUGAUUGGCAUCAAGUGUAAACAGGACAGAAGUGUUAUCCAAGGGUAUAACACCCCCAGUUAUUGUUACAACCGUGGAGAUUCGCAGGGCACGUUUAAUGGAAGAGCCGUCAUGGAGGAAACUUUACGCUAUCCUGGGACAGGCCGGGUAGCCCGCGUGCCGGAAUCGCAUCAGUACUCUGUAUGUCUGUCUCCAGAGUCAGCUAAAUGCGAUUUUCUCUUCUUGAAACCAUGCGGAGCUCCUCUCUCUCAGGCUCAAUGAUGGGUAUAUUUAAUGAAUGGCCACUUUAUAUGAAUCCAUUAGUCUAUACAAAUAUAAUAAUGGUUGUGUAUGUAACAUUUCAGUAAAUAAAUACUUCUGUCUGAAGAGGUGGUCCGAUCCGAAAUUUCGCCUCUCUCCUCCCCGCUCCUUCGGUUUUUCAUGUCUGCGCAAAGAUGGGCCAGUUGGUGUAAUGGUCGAAAUUAACAUUCUCAUCAAAUGCAAUCCAAUCUUCUAAGAGUGGCACCGAUUUUCUCUGAAGGGAAUCUUGCUAUUUGCAAUUGAAUGGACUUACACAAAUGCAAUCAAGCCUUCAAGCAAGAGUGGUACCAAUGUUAUUUGCCCAAUUACGCGAAAUAUCUUUCUGUCUGGAUCUAAUUGUGUUAAUGUGUUAAUAUUGGAACACUGCAAUCAGAGCAUUCAUCGACAAGAUCAUCCAUUGCAUAAAAAAAGUCAAAAUUACAAACGGGGACAUGUCAAAUGAAGACAACAUUAUUGAAUACAAUAUGGUGAUGCUGGAAUCUUGGGG